AAGAGCGAGUGGGAUGCUGCCGCGAGAUCCACUCUUGGUCGAGUCGUUAAGCGACUGCAAGAUCCUCGAGUUCGCCAGCGGUUUAUAACAUUCGCCUUCCAGAUACUCCAAGCUUCUACGCAACGCUGUGCUAAAACUUCGGGGCACAUAUCGGGCGAUCAAGAUGCCAAGUUUUACGACGAAGCCGUUCAUUUGCUGCUACUCGGAGUAACGGACUUGUGGUCUGUCAUUCGGAAAGACUGCGCCAAGACAGCGGCAGCGAUUGCGUUCAAUUUCUCGUCGCGAGGUCACAUCGAGCAGUUUAUCGACAGUUUGCUCUGUGUCGCUAUCGGUUCUCGAAGUGUGAGCGCGGAUAAAAGCCAGGUGACGGCGUGGACCGAGCGUGAGGGCGCUUUACUCGCGCUUUCUGUUCUUCUGCGCUCUAUCCAAAUGGAAUCAACUGGUGAUAAAUCCGUGGGCGAGGGCGACCUCAAAGUUUCGCAGGUUAAGGACGAUAUCAAGGGCAUUUUGGGCGCUCGUCAUGUGGCUGCAGUGGAGUAUCGACUUGGGUCUAACCACACGUUAACCCAGCUACCAAGAUGCCUAGUUCAGACGCUGAAGCCUGCGAUAUAUCAGUGUCUUCGUCACGACCAGCUCAGUGUCCGGCAGUUGGCAGCGCAGUGUCUGGUGGAAUAUGCUUCGCUGUGUGAGGAACCGACCCGUCUUCUCAUCUUCCAGGAGGUUAUCAGCAAGUUAAAUCGCAUCAACCGGAACGACAAAGUCGAGAUUGACAGCGCCACCGACUCGGAGCUGUUGGAUGCGUUCGAGGCUGAAGGUUUACUGGACGUCUUAGCUCGGAUGGCUCCCUGCCUACCGUCGAGCUUCUUGCUUAAGCACUGGAAGUUUGUAUUCCCGACGCUGGAGAAAUACGUCAUGCACAUCGCAUCCAGCGUUCGCCAGAAGAGUAGCACUGUUGUGCUAGCGCUGGCCAAGCAAUACUCGAGAAGUCACGGGCUCCCAGUGUCUCGUGAGGCCUCCUUAAGACUGGUAAUCCAGAUGCUGCUGUCGCUAUCCGAGCCCCGAAGUGAUGAAAGCGAAUUUUGUUGGCAGCGGAAAGAAGGUCGGCUUUUGAGUAUCGACGUCCUUAUCAACCCAGAAUCAACACUGAUCCACCAGCGACGAUCGGGUUCGCUUAGUGCUGUAAGAUCUUUUCUCUGGGCACAUGACCAAGCUCAGUCGGCUACAUGGAACGGUGGUCAGAACGGCCUUCCUUCCUCAAGUGAUGCAUUUUGGCAGCAGGUGAUGAGUGGAUGCGUCGCUCAGAUGAAAGAGGCGUUCGAGUCGUCACAGUUCGAGCUCCGCAGAAUCUCCCGUCAAGUUCUCCCCGGACUGAUGAGAGUUGUCAUUUGGACGGAGCAAUUGGCAUUCCUAACCUCGACGGAGCUGGAAAAUUCAUCCCCAGAAACAGCGUGGCCUUGGUCGUGUUUGAAAUAUCUGCUGCUU